AGUGAGAAAACGGCACGACGGACAUGCCUCGUCGACGUGGACGAUCCGUCGGCUGCGUCCGCGAGCGAUUGUUAACUUGGGCCCAGUUUCACGUUGUUUAAGCUUGGCUUAAAUUCGUUCGUUGUCUCUUUCCAACUGUUACUCGUAGAAAGAGACAAGCGUGAAUUAAACCAAGAUUACAAGUUAAACGACGUUUCGUGAAACCGGGUCUUAAUCGGAGAUGAUUGACUUGAUUGUUAACCGAACGACGAUAAAGAUAAUCACAUGGAUGACGAUACACUGCAGCAGACAGUGGUGGCCGCCGCAAGACAGUGUCCCAGCGGCUGCCAGUUUCUUGCUGUUCUUCACUCUCAGCGGAUUGACUCUGUUUCAUUUCAUCAGCGCGAUUUUUGAGGGACCCGGGUACCUUGUGUUAAAAUGGAUGCCGGAUAAAGUUACAGAUAUACAAUAUCUGCAAUACUGUAUCGUCUGCCAAGGUUACAAGGCACCAAGAUCACAUCACUGUAGAAAAUGUGGUCGUUGCGUGAUGAAAAUGGACCAUCAUUGUCCAUGGAUAAAUACAUGCGUUGGACAUUGCAAUCAAGGGCAUUUCACAGCAUUUUUGGCAAGCGCAGUCGGCGGUUGUUGCGUCUCUUCCGUUAUAUUAAUUUCCUGGGUUGCGACCGUAUUAUCGCUGAAGCCCUUGCCGUUUCCGCCUCCAGCGGUCUAUACAUUAAUAUUAGUGGUAUUUAGUAUUGGCUUAUCAAUCGGCGUUGUACUUGCUGUAGGAAUGUUGCUAUAUUUCCAGCUGUUAGCCAUCGUGAGAAAUCGAACGGAAAUAGAAGAUUGGAUUCUGGAGAAGUCCCGAUAUCGGCGAGAUGACACAGAUGCCAAAUAUGUACAUCCGUAUUCAAAGGGAUGGCGUUUUAAUGUUAACCAAGUUCUCACAUGGAGCUGCACUCCUGUCGGCGAUGGCAUUACGUGGCCCAUUAUUGAUGGCUGUGAUCAAUAUACAUUGACGAGAGAGCAGCUUGCACAAAAAUUAGACAAACGGAAAAGAGCACGCAGAUAUAGGAUCAUAAAGGCUACAACAGGAUCCAAGUUUCCAAUUGGACACGGCUGUGGCGUAUUUUUUCAUCCUCUUUGUACCGACGAACCUCGCAUUAAGUUAGAUGUAGAUGAUAUCGUGGUUGUAACACGUUGGAAGAAAUAUUGGCUAUUUGGAGAAAAAGAACAGAAGGAAGGAGAAGAUGCAAAAUCGAAACGUGUAAGAGGAUGGUUGCCGCGGCCGUGUGCGGUGGAAGUAAUAUAAAGACUCCGUAUGGCUUAAAUAAUUUGUCUGAGAAUGUAUUAAUUUUUGAAAAUUUUUAUAACAACAUUCGUGAAGUUGCGAGAAACUAUUUAUAAUUUUUUAUUUUUUAUAUAACACGUAAAAACUGUGAAGAAUGAGUGUCAUUUGUAAUCGAGAAAGAUUAUAUAUUUCAUGCCUAUUUGUGUUCAAAUCAAUACAUUUUUCUUGCAUUGACCUCAAACCGCAAAUUAAGACGUAUUUCCUACGUUAUACCUUUCUGUAUAAGUAAUUAAAGUGUAUAUAAAUUUUUACUCGUUGAGAUACUUCAGUAAAUUCUUGGUUAUAUAUAACAGUUUUGUUUUACAUGUAAUGUAUAACGAAUAUACAUGUAAUUAUACACAUAACAAUAUACAUAUAAUUGUGUGUAUUAAAUUUUAUAUACAUAUAUAUAAAAUUUAAUAAUUGUAUACAUAUACAUAAAGCUUAAUCAUUACAUAUAGCUUUAAGAAGAAGCAAGUAUUAAAUGUAUUAUACAACAACUGUAAAUAUCAACUAUUUAACAGCAACGAAUCUUGCUUUACGAAAAAUAGUAUUCUCCGAUGAAAAAUAUUUUUAACCAUUAACACAAGUUCCGUUUGCCGACGUUUUACGAGAAGGUGCGUUUUACAAGAACUUGUACAUAUGUAUAGACAGUAGGAAAAGUAUUUGUAAUGCGAAUCAAUACGCAAAUAAAUUGUUUGGUUUCGCGACGUCGAUUA